AUGCGCUCACCAACUAUUCUCCUUCUUCUUCUCGCCUCUUUCGUCGGCCUCUCCAACUCAACCAUCUACUGGUUGACUGGAGUUGAACAGCUUCAAGUUCAAGCGAACCUGAUCCUCUUCGCUCAUGAGAAUCAUGGAACUGAUCUUCUCUACGAGCUCACCCCAAAAGGAAAUGUAGUCGACCAUUUCCUCCAUACUCGUUCUUCCCCAAUCAAUAGAAUCGUCGUCCAGGAAGCCCAUGAAACCAUAAGAAAAGAUAUUGUCGGAGUGGCUCAAGUCCAAGAGGAGGGUCGUAUGGUCUACCUUGUCAAGAUGACCUUGACCCCGAGCGCCACCAGCCCAACCGGAUAUACAAUGAUCAAUUUUGAGAAGUGCUUCGAUUGCCAGCCUACUAAUACAUUCUAA